CACAAAAAUUGGAAUCAUUGCACUUUCCUUUUGUGAUAUUUUUUAAGGAACAUUUUUUAAAUUAUUCCACCAAGUCCAACGACAUAAAAUGGCCACGGUGGCGAAAUUUCACAUUGUUCCGGCGAACUUCCACCACAGAACCACCCAAUCUCCGCUUUCCCAACUGGGUUUCUGCCGGAGCUCAGUAUCGUGGGACUCAAUACCACCAUUUUCUCGACGGAGGGUGUUUGUGCAGCCGUGUAAAUCGUUUAGAACCGAAGAUAGGAAAAACGGAGGUGCAAAAGAUAAUAAAAGUACGAAGAAGAUAGCGAAUUCUGAUAAAAACUUAAGAAAAAACUUACUGGGAGCUAUCAAAUCUUUCAUCUUUUCGAAAGAUAAUUCAGUGGAAAAGCUAGAAGAGAAUUUAUCAAAGAUUGCUCUUCAUUUUGGGAGAUAUAUUGUGACAAUGAUGAGCACUGGAGUAAUUUUGUUGAUUGGAUUCAAUUUGUCAGGCGGAGAUGGUCAAAUGAAUGAUUUGAUUUGGUAUAGUUGGGUUGGAGGCAUUAUCAUUGGAACCAUGAUUGGUUCCAACAUGGUUUUAGAUGAAGUUAGUCGGGCCGGUCCUCGAAAUGUUGUCAUAACCGGAAGUACUAGAGGGCUUGGAAAAGCUCUUGCUCGUGAAUUCCUACUUUCCGGAGAUCGUGUGGUCAUUGCUUCAAGAAGCGAAGAAUCUGUCGAUAUGACAAUUAAAGAACUUGAAGAAAACUUACAAGAAGGUGUAGCAUCUGCCGCAAGUUCAUGUAGGAAAAAAUUAGCGAAUGCAAAAGUGGUGGGAACUUCAUGUGAUGUUUGUGAUCCUAAUGAUGUUAGGAACUUAGCUAACUUUGCUGUCAAUGAACUCGGUUCUAUAGAUAUUUGGAUAAACAAUGCUGGAACUAACAAAGGUUUCAGACCAUUGUUGGAGUUCACCGACCAAGAUAUACAACAGAUUGUGUCUACAAAUCUGGUGGGGUCGAUACUUUGCACCCGUGAAGCCAUGCACGUGAUGAGUAACCAACACAAAGCGGGUCAUAUUUUUAACAUGGAUGGUGCUGGUUCCGGUGGAUCAAGCACGCCUCUGACAGCUGUCUACGGGUCAACAAAAUGUGGUCUUAGACAACUUCAAUCGUCUUUAUUUAAAGAAAGCAAAAAGUCAAAAGUUGGAGUUCAUACGGCCUCUCCUGGCAUGGUUCUCACCGACUUACUCUUGAGUGGAUCGACUAUUCAGAAUAAGCAAAUGUUUAAUAUAAUUUGUGAGCUACCAGAGACAGUUGCUAGAACAUUGGUCCCACGGAUGAGAGUUGUAAAAGGAAGUGGAAAGGCGAUUAAUUACUUAACUCCUCCAAGAAUUUUACUUGCAUUGGUCACUGCUUGGGUAAGGCGAGGACGAUGGUUCGAUGAUAAGGGAAGAGCAUUAUAUGCAGCAGAAGCAGAUAGGCUAAGAAACUGGGCUGAAAGUCGAACUCGUUUUUCAUUCACAGACGCCAUGGAAAUGUACACAGAAAACACGUGGGUCUCUGUCUUUUCACUUUCUAUAGUUUGUGCAUUUAUUAUCCUCUCGAGCACCACUGGUAACGCGGCACCUGGCACAUAGACAAUUUUUCGUCAUGUUGAUUCAAUUUAAACAUUAGGGUUUUUGUAAAGAAAACUAGCAAAAUGCGAUGUGUUCUUUGUUAUGGGAUGAACAAAGCAAAUCUCCAUUGAGAUGCUUGUUGAUUUGAUUUAAAAUUAGGGGUUAGUAGUUGAUUCAAGGAGUCUUGUAUUAGAUCUACCUUGCAAAUGUAAUGUAAUGUAAACUGUAUUUAUUUGUUAUUGUUGAU